AUGACAACGUGCAACUGCGAUAUCGGUCGACUUUUACUUUGCAAUGACGUCGACAUCUUGAUUACGGGUGCUCAAAAGCAAACCGAUACCCUCACUGGAAAGUCAUACAUGGCUUACACGAUUCGUCUUGGCAAUGUAGAAACAAGACAUCGGUACAGCGAAUUUGAGUCACUACGCAAAGCACUGGUUCGUCUGUAUCCCACCGUAAUAGUGCCACCAAUACCAGAAAAACACUCGCUAGCGGAUUAUGCAGCACUUCAAACUCGUGUCAAGGAUGAUAUGCCAAUGGUUGAAAAGCGAAAGCGCAUGUUGCAGAGUUUUCUUGUACGUGUGGCGAAACAUCCCACUCUUGGCCGUGAUCAUGUUUUUCAUCAGUUUCUCGAAGAUGGUGUUGUUUGGUCUGAUGUUUUACAUUCGCCUCCCUUGUCGAUGCUUGCCAAGAAUCCAUUACAAACCAUUGUCAGCAAGGAGCAACAACAGCAACAGGCCGAUUUACAAGCCGAUCGUGUUAUCCUAUCCAGCAAUUUGAUCCCUAUCCCAUCACCUACCUAUGUACUCAAGUCACCGGAUGAGCGCUUUGAGGAAUCAGAAAGGUUCACGUUUCGGAUAGCCAAUUAUAUGAGCAACAAUUUGGAUAAGAGUCAACGCAAGGUGAUUCGUCGAUUGGGAGAGCUCGCCAAUGACUAUGCCGAACUAGGAGCCGUUUACAAUGGAUUCAGUCUCAAUGAAUCGGAUCAAGUCGCCAAUGCCAUUGAGAAAAUUGGUCAAGCCGUGGAUGCAUCGUAUAUGGAAACAGCACAAAUGGUCACUUCACUGGAAGGCGAAUUUGCAGAACCUAUCCAGGAACAUUCCCAAUUUGCUCAAAUCAUCAAGCAAGUGCUUCGAUUUCGGCACAUGAAACAUGCCCAGGUGGAAAUGAUUGAGACGUGCCUCGAGAACAAAAAGGCAACAUUGGAAAAUCUACAAAACAUGGAGCAAGAAGCGCGACGAUUAGAAGAAGCCAUCAGCCGUGAAAGGACCAUUGGCGCCAAUGCUGUGGAUAUCGACCAAUUGAAUGAUCCAUCCUCCCAUGACAUGCCAACGAGACGACCCCCACCCACAUGGAGUGAUCCUGUCAGAUUAUUACAAGCCUUGGGAUAUUCGUUACAAAACAUGAUUGAUGUCGAUCCUACUGCCACUCGUCGUAACCAAAUCGGAAAGACCAAAGAUGCUAUGGAUGUGCUCCAGCAAGCAUUGGAAAUCACUCGAAAGGAUUUGGCAGGUGCAUCGCUCGACUUACAAGCAGAGUUGGAUCGAUUUCAACAUGAGAAAAUCAAGGAUCUUCGAAACAUGCUCAUUGCCUAUGCCAAAGUUCAUAUACAGUAUUGCAAACAGAAUUUGGGAUCAUGGCAAGAGGCCCGUGCUGAGAUUGACAAGAUUCCCUCCUCUUCUUGA